CGCGGGCCCCGGGCAUGCUCAGAGCACGCAGUCCGGGCGGGCGCAGUGGUGGCGGCGGCAGGAGGAGGAGGAAGAGGAGGAGGAGGAGGAGGUGGCGGAGGAGGUGGAAGAGGAGGAGGCGGGAGCGGCUCCAGCGCGGGGCGGCCGGGCGGGCGGAGCUGCGCAGUCCCCUCGCCUCCAGCUGCGCCGGCACCGCGGGGCCGGGCGAGCCCACAACUUGCCGGCAGCCGAGCGCCGCGCCGCCUCCCCGGCCCGCAGCCCCCCGCGCCCCCCUCUCCGGCGGGCGGCGGCUCCAGGACGCGGCCCCCCGCCGCCCCUGCCCCCCCAGCGCACGCCGCCCUUGAGGUGAAGCGGGACCCCGACCCUCGCUGCCCGCACCAAGCCCGCCUGGAAGAUGUGGCAGCCGACCACCGAGCGCCUGCAGCACUUUCAGACCAUGCUAAAGUCUAAACUGAAUGUUCUAACACUGAAAAAGGAGCCUCUCCCAGCCGUGAUCUUCCAUGAGCCAGAGGCCAUUGAGCUGUGCACCACCACACCCCUGAUGAAGACCAGGACCCACAGUGGCUGCAAGGUGACCUACCUGGGUAAAGUACCCACCACAGGUAUGCAGUUUCUCUCGGGCUGCACCGAGAAGCCUGUCAUCGAGCUCUGGAAGAAGCACACGCUCGCCCGAGAGGACGUCUUCCCGGCCAAUACCCUCCUGGAGAUCCGACCUUUCCAGGUGUGGCUCCAUCACCUGGACCACAAGGGCGAGGCCACAGUGCACAUGGAUACCUUCCAGGUGGCCCGCAUCGCCUACUGUACGGCCGACCACCAUGUGAGCCCCAACAUCUUCGCCUGGGUCUACAGGGAGAUCAACGACGACCUGUCCUACCAGAUGGACUGCCACGCUGUAGAGUGUGAGAGCAAGCUGGAGGCCAAGAAGCUGGCCCACGCCAUGAUGGAGGCCUUCCGCAAGACCUUCCACAGCAUGAAGAGCGAUGGGCGGAUCCACAGGAACAGCUCCUCUGAAGAGGCCUCACAAGAGCUGGAGUCCGAUGACGGCUGAAGGGCCCCGGGGCCUCAACCAGGGCAGCCUUGGCCCCGGAAUUGGAGAGCCUCGCUGAAUACGUCAUGAUUCCAAUUUGGUAUGAAAGAGACUGCCAAACUCUUGGCCUCGCCCAGCUUUUUCAAUUCGGAAGAAAUGUAUUAUUCAAGUCAUCCCUGUGCCAUUGAGCUCUGCGCCUGCUGUGACUGUGAGGAGGGUGGGAGUGUGGAUGGAGAGGAAAGUCCUAGAGUCUCUCUUUCCGUUGUUGUUGCUCUUUGCCUCAUUUCCCAAUGCCCCCCCACCUACCCACCCACCCAAGCCCUUCCCCCCCCCGCCCCCCCCCCCCCCCCCCGAUCCCCAUGCUGACUGCCUUUCACUGUCUCAGGCAAACACACUGCAGCUGCUACUCCACAGGCCCCUUCCCUUGCGUUAUGAAACCCGCCAGAAUGUUCCAUGCACUUGCAGGGUUCCUGGACAUGGGGGAGGUGGAGGGUGCUGAUGCUGGGGCUCAGGCUGCAGGGGUGAAGGCCCACCUCAUGCUGAUUCUGAGCUCCUUUCUCAGCAUGCUGUGUCCCAGACAACCCUCCUCGGUUAGCAGAGCCACACAGCCCUUAAUGAGCUUUACAACUAACACCCUGAUUGCUGGCAGUUAAUUCACAGUUAAAGAUAAUGCUUUUUUUUUUUUACAUAAAUAUAUCCAGUCAUAUACCCUUUUUCUUGUAUUCAUCUAUUUUCAUAGAAUACUUGCAACUAUUACUAGCCCCUGCCUGCCUCCCACCCAGUCCACCCUCUUUUCUUCCAGUCCAAGCCAACGCCCCUCUAGGCUUGGCAUCUGUGCACAGACUGCAGGACACCAAAAGGGAAGCAAAUCAACCAGCAGAUGAAGGAAACAGCCCAACCAUCUAGAAUCUUCAAUCCGCCGCUGCCGCUGCCACCACUGCCACAGAAACCUUAGGAAAGGGGAAUGAGUUCUCAGCGAGGGAACCAACUCCAUCCAGGCUGUGCUUUGUUCACCCCCUGAUUGCUAGUAACUUGCUUCCUGGCUGGUCCUGUUGGGAGAGUCCUUCCCAAUGAGCUUCAGAUCUGAUUUCGUCAAGCCCUCUCCUUCCUCCCUGGAAGCCUGGUCUUCAUGGCUCCACAUGGCCUUCACAUAGGGAAUGUGGGAUGUGACCUUGGCUCAUCUAAAGAAGCUGUGUCCAUGUUAAUCUGCAAGGAAACCUCUUGGCAGGUUAUCUUCCAAGUGGUGACAUCUUAGGGUCGGAGUUGCCAGAUGGAUCCUUUUUUCUGAUGAGGAGUUCUCACUACGAAUGCCAGAGAGGUCUGUCUCAUCUUCGUGGAGCUGGAAAUAUCCAUAACUUGUGGGAUGAGAUGGAAAGCCUUUGUGAAGAUAGAGGCAGCCGGUGGAGGACUUGCUUUCUAGGAAGUGCUGCUCUUUUGCUCAAGUCAGCUUUUUGCCCUGGUGAUGGUAGGGACACUGGAGCACUGGAGAGAAGCCUUAGCUGAGAGUUGGCGGCAUCUCGAGAGCACAGUGUCGGUGUUUGGGUCUGUGUAUCUGUCUGUGUGUCCAUGUAUGCAUUUGUGUGUCCCUCGUGUGCCCUCAUAUGUGGGUCUGGUUUUUAAGGCAUGUAGAAUAAGCAUGGAGUCGUACUGAGGAGAACUCACUUCUUGGAGCUAUGCUUGCUGCUUUACAACACAUGUAAACUGUUCUUUAGCAUAAAUGCAUUCAUUCUUCAAUAAAAAUAUGUUUGCGUCCAGAAA